AUGCAGGCUGCACAGCAGUCCUGGGAGCUCGAGAAUGCGAUCAAAGUUUUCGACCCGCAACGCGACGCCCUGUACAAAUAUGACAAAGCCGUACAAGAUACUCUCAAUGCUCAACGACCGUGGGCCAACGACCCCUAUUAUUUCAAAUAUGUACGCAUUUCCGCAUCAGCGCUAUUGAAAAUGGUGAUGCAUGCCCGCUCAGGCGGGUCCCUGGAGGUGAUGGGUCUGAUGCAAGGCUACAUCUUACCCGAAACGUUUGUGGUCACCGACGCAUUCCGCCUGCCCGUCGAAGGCACUGAAACCCGGGUCAAUGCACAAGACGAAGCGAACGAAUACAUGGUCUCCUAUCUACAAUCAUGCCGAGAUGCAGGCCGGAUGGAUAACGCGGUGGGCUGGUACCACAGCCAUCCUGGGUACGGGUGCUGGCUCUCGGGCAUUGACGUUGCAACACAAAUGACACAGCAGUUGACAGGCCCGUUUUUGGCCGUUGUCAUUGACCCCGACCGCACGAUCUCUGCGGGGCGGGUGGAAAUUGGCUCUUUUCGCACUUUCCCCCAGGACUUUGUCCCCACUCGAGAGGGCCACGAAGACGAUGAUUAUCAGACGAUUCCGAUGGGCAAAGCUGAAGACUUUGGUGCCCAUGCGAAUCAGUACUACUCUCUUGAGACCACCCAUUUCAAGAGCACCCUCGACUCCGAUAUAUUGUCGCUUCUCUGGAACAAGUAUUGGGUUGCGACUCUCAGCCAAAGCCCCCUAUUCACAUCUCGCGACUUCGGUAGCAAACAAAUGACAGACCUCAGCCAGAAAGUGCGCAGCGCAACCCGUCAGAUUGAGAAUGGGGCGCCCAGGAGCAGCGGGGCAGCGGCAGCUAAAGAUAAACAACUGGACAAAGUCGUACGCGGAGGUCAGCGAAUUGUGUCCGAGGAAGUCAAAGGGCUUCUGGCUUCGGAAAUAAAGAUGAAGUUAUUCCAGAAUAUUGACGACAAGCCAAAGCCGGAAUUCUGA